AUGGAUCUCCCUCCACUUUCCAAAGAGCAGUUGUCGACCGUGCUCACCACGAGUCAGACUGCCGCCGAGCUCCUCGACAUACUGGCAGAAUAUGAGAACGAGGCUUGUCUUCUCUCACCGGACAGCACUAAUUCGAUAACUGCCAGCCUCGAAGCUCGCAUCUUGACAAAGCGGAUGCCACAAACUCUGCUACAGAACGACCCUUCGUUGCAAAAUUGUCUUAAUUUAUUGCGCGCUGUUUGGCAGCAUCGGCACGACCAGGUCUACAAGAUCCUCAGAGAGUUACCUUGGUCUGAGUCACUGAAGCCAUUAGUAGACAAAUAUGAUGUACAUUUUCAAGAGAAAACCUUGACGGAGAUCAGCAGAGCCUACGAGGCGAUUCGACCUGCCACCGCAGCAAGCUAUCUUGGACUUGAUCCCGCCUCCGCGGAGAAAGGUGACCCAGCUACAAUACAGAGAUUCACAGCCUGUGGAUGGAAGUGGAAUGAAGAGACACAGCUGCUCGAACCUAAACGCACUGUGACCCCAUCUGUGCCAGAUGGCCGUUUGUUCAACGAACUGGGCGAGGUUAUGGCUUUGAUUAACAACUACGGAAGUUGA